AUGCCAGCUUGCUCCUCUUCCCCUCACACCCUCUCGCCUCCUCGCCCCAUCCACCGCCCGGCCCCGCUGCACCACGCGCCGUCCUCUCGCCCGACCGCCAGCAGCACCAGCACGAUGAUCGCCUCGACCUCGCGCGACACGCCGGCCGCGUACGACGACGCGCCCUUGACGGCGCCCGCACCGGCGGCGUUCGGCAGCACCAAGCCGUUCAGCAUGGCCGACAUUGCCGCCGCCGCCAUGGCCCGCCCGCGCACGGCCGUCCCCUGGGCAGAGCGCGACGACCUCGCAGAGUGCCCGCGGUCACCCUCCUCGUGCGCGUCCGGCUCGCCGUUCCCGUCGCUCCCGAGCUCGCCGUUCAGCGAUGCGACGUCGUGCGCCAUGACGCCGUCGUCGUCGGCCGGGUCCUUCUGCCUCCCGCCGCCGGCGCACCUCGACCAGGCGCCGCCUCCCCUCCCCUCGUUCGCCUCGUCCGGGUCGACCCUCGCCCACUCGUCGUCGGCACCCACCCUCUCGUCCAUCCUCCCGCCGCGACCGCCGCCCAAAGCCCCGGUCGCCGCCGCGCUCCCCCGAACCGUCUCGGCGCCGUCCCUCCCCGUCGUUAGCACCGACCCGUGGAACGCCGUCGACUUCUCGCUCAAGCUCCUGUUCACGUCGGGCAACGCGUCCGCGCCGAGCUCGCAGGGCGCGUCGUCGCCGUCGCAGGACGAGCCCGAGCACACGCUCCCGCCGGCCUUCUUCCCGUCGCAGCGCAUCUCGUUCUCGCCGCGACUGCGCAUCGCGUCGCAGGCCGGGCUCGCCUUCUCGUCGCUCGGCGGCAUGCACCUCGGCGUGACGGGCAUGUGCGAGACGCUCGACGGCGACGGCUCGGUCAAGUCGAAGCGCAUGAUCGCCGACUUCUGCAUCGACCUGUCGAGCGGCCUGCGCAUCUGGAAACGCGACGCCGACUCGGCGCGCAAGGCGGCGGCGCAGCGUCUCGGUCGCGUCGACCUCGAGGACGACGGCGAGACGAGGCUGCCGCCAGGAACCUACGUCCUGCCGCUCAGCAUGAAGGUGCCCAACUCGGACCGGCUGCCGCCGUCAUUCGAGUGCGCCCAGUUCCGCAUCUCGUACACCAUGUCGAUCGCGCUCUUCUCGUCGGUCAAGAACGCCAACGGCACGCCGCGGCGGCUCAAGGUCUUCUCGGUCCCGUUCCACGUCCUCCCGUCGACGCUCCCGGCACCAGCACCCGAGCUCCCCGUCCUCACGCACGAGUACCGCAAGGGCGUCUUCGCAUCUCUCAUGCAGACCCUCACCCUGUCGUCGCCCAAACCCAACGAGACGGGCUACCACAUCGUCCACCCGUCGCUCCCGACGUCGCACUUUUCGCCCGGCGCGCACGCCAGCAUCCCCGUCUCGCUGCGCAUCGUCGACCGGCCCCUCGAGCCGACCGACCUCUACGUGCGGCUCGCGCUCGUGCGCAAGACGUACGUGCGUGAGUCGUCGCAGGGCUCGCUCGCGCAGGCGAUCGAGGACGAGUGGGGGCUCGGGCCCGGCGUGUCGCUGUCGGCGCUCGGGUACCCGGAGGAGGUCAUCGUCGAGCCCUGGUGCAAGGAGGAGGAGGAGAUCGUCUCGCGGUGGGGCUGGAUCCCCUACUCGUCGCGGCCCGGCGCCGACCCGAGCGAGAAGGCCGAGGUCGUCAUCCGCGACAUUGCGCUGCCGCUGCACGGCGCCGACGGCCAAGGGUGGGCGCACGGCUACUCGACCUCGCUCGACCUCGAGCCGACGUCGGUCCCGUCGACGACGCACGGCGAGUGCUCGUGGUUCUCGCCGGCGUUCCGCGGUCGCCCGCCGGUCGCCAAGGAGUACGGCAAGCACGUCCACGUCUCGACCCGGUUCUUCCUCUCGAUCGAGGUCGGGUUCGCGACGCCGGCCCUGCGCGACACGCUCGACGCGCUCCACGCCCAGUCGCCCGACCUCGAGCUGCCGCGCCCGAACGCCUUUACGGCGCCGUCGUCGCCUCGGUCGAGCGCGGUCUCGGGCCAGUCGACGUCGAACCCGUUCCACGUCCCCUCGUCGCGCUCGCCCCGGCACCUUCCCAAGUCGCCCGCCGGCGCGCUCGCGUUCCCGGGCAAGCUGCGCGAGCUCCUGAUCCCGGUCACGAUUGGGUCGGUCGCCGAGCCGGGCCUGGCGUGCCUCGCGGCCGACGGCGGGCCCGCCGGGAGCGAGACGGCGCAGCGGCGGCAGGAGCGCGAGGCGCGCGAGGAGCGCGGCGAGGACUCGCGCGCGACGCUCGGCGAGGGCCCCGAGGGCGCGUGGCUGUGUGCACCGCCUGGUUACGACGAGGCGUUGAGGACGGCGCCGGCGUACGUCGCCUGA